AUGUACGAACCUACUUAUGAAUGGGAAAUAGUACUUCAAACUACUUGGAUACAAAAGGCCGUUACCAGAUGUUUGCAGCACCACUUACGAUUCAGUGCUACUGAUGUUGAACAUCAUUUUAUACACCCUUCGCAUAAGAAGCAUGUUCGAGAAACUCCCAUCAUCAGAGUGUAUCGAUACCUCAAAACCACAGAUCAACUAGCUUUAACAGCCAUUGUUUCAGAUACCAGACACUUAAUCUUUGCAAAGUUCCCAUAUGACCCAACUAUAAUCAAAUUUGAGCAGCUCUAUCGUCAACGACUAACGUACAUGACAGCGGGUUGUCUCUUCGUAAUCAAGCAAGCCAAACUAAGAUUUGCCAAGCCUGGUGAAGUUGCAAAAGACUUUGAUUUUUCCAUCUCACCGAAUAUUCAGAUCGUGAUCUUGGAAAUUGACGAUUUUACUGUCUUUCUGAGGGACCAAGCCAUACUUCCUCACGAAGCACUCUCAAAAGUCAAUAUGAUCUAUUACGAUCGAGAGUACUAUGAUUUGUGUGGACGAGAUUGCUACAUCCCAGAAUACUCCAAAGAUGUGGAGAAACAAGUCUCGGAUGACUAUGGGGAUGUGGUCUCCGUCUAG